AUGCUCGCAUAUAAAGGACGCGCUGAUCGAGGCACAACGCUCAACAAAGAAAUUCCAAUUAUCAAGCAAAAUGAGGAAACAUUGUGUGUUGGGUGUUUGAAGGGCAAGCAAACAGUUACGGCAUUUCCAUCUCGCUCGAUGACAAAAACUUCACGUGUGCUAGAACGCGUACACACAGAUGUCAUGGGGCCUAUGAGGACUUCCUCGAAGGGUGGUGUCAAGUACAUUCUUACGUUUGUGGAUGAGUUUUCAAGAAAUGUGGCGAAUUCUAUUAUCAAGAGCAAGAGUGAAGUGGCUGGCAAGUUUAAAGGGUUUCUGACGCUUUACAAGAACCAAUGGGGUGCGCGACUGAGGUAUUUACGAUCUGACAACGAAACCGAAUUUGUAAACAAGACAAUGGCUGGAAUAUCUCAACAGAACGGCAUUGUACACCAGCGUUCCGUUCCAUUCAGCCCUCAGCAGAAUGGAGUGGUGGAGCGUAUGAACAUGGCUUUCAUGGAGAAGGCCCGCAGCAUGUUGCAUUACAAGAGCGUCUCGACGGAAUGGUAA